GGCGGGGUCCGGCUAAAGACAGCGCUGACUGGACAGACGAGAGAAGGCGGGGUUUAUCACAAAGGAGGCGGGACUACACUGGAUAAAACGAUGCUGAUUGGAAGAUGUGCGGAGGCAGGGCUAAUUUUCAAAGGAGGGGCGUGGAGGAAAGUGGGCGGGGCCAAAUAAAAGAUUGAGGAGAUCCCUGUGAUCUUGCAACUGCUCCUUAGGCCAGAUGGAGGGGUUGUCCUUGUAUAAGUUGGGAAACUGAGGCUCCCGAACGCUUAGGUCUGUGUGGAUGUCUCUCCAUGUGGGAUAUUCCCACCCCUCCUGGGUGGGGGCAGAGGGAACCGCAAGGCUCCUUGGGAGCUGAAGGAAUCUGGGUUGCUAUGGUGUCCGGGAUGGGGUGGCUUCCUGAGGCCCCGCCCCCCACCCCGCCCCCCGCUAUGCGGCCCUUCCCAACCGCGCUGUGGCUGGGUCUGGCUUUGGCCCUCCUGGCUGUGGGGUGGGCUUCAGCCCGGGCCCCCAUCUAUGUCAGCAGCUGGGCCGUGCGGGUGACCAAAGGUUACCAGGAGGCUGAGCGCCUGGCACGUAAAUUUGGCUUCGUCAACCUGGGACAGAUCUUCCCUGACGACCAGUAUUUCCAUCUACGACACCGGGGUGUGGCCCAGCAGUCCCUGACCCCACACUGGGGCCACCGUCUGCGCCUAAAGAAAGAGCCCAAGGUGCAGUGGUUUGAGCAACAGACUCUGAGACGGCGGGUGAAGCGCUCCUUGGUGGUGCCCACGGACCCCUGGUUUUCCAAGCAGUGGUACAUGAACAACGAGAUACAGCCAGAUCUCAACAUUCUGAAGGUUUGGAACCAGGGACUGACCGGCCGGGGAGUGGUGGUCUCCAUCUUGGAUGAUGGCAUUGAGAAGGACCACCCCGACCUCUGGGCUAAUUAUGACCCUCUGGCCAGCUAUGACUUCAAUGACUAUGACCCAGACCCCCAGCCUCGCUACACACCCAGCGAUGAGAACCGGCAUGGGACCCGCUGCGCUGGGGAGGUGUCUGCCACAGCUAACAAUGGCUUCUGUGGUGCUGGUGUGGCCUUCAACGCCAGAAUUGGAGGCGUGCGCAUGUUGGACGGCACCAUCACGGACAUCGUGGAGGCGCAGUCCCUCAGUCUGCAGCCGCAGCACAUACACAUCUAUAGCGCCAGCUGGGGGCCCGAGGAUGACGGUCGCACGGUGGACGGACCAGGCAUCCUCACUCGGGAGGCCUUCAGGCGUGGCGUGACCAAGGGCCGCCAAGGACUGGGUACACUGUUCAUCUGGGCCUCGGGAAACGGUGGCCUCCAUUACGACAACUGCAAUUGUGACGGCUACACCAACAGCAUCCACACGCUGUCGGUGGGCAGCACCACGCGGCAGGGUCAAGUGCCCUGGUACAGUGAGGCCUGCGCCUCCACGUUUACCACCACCUUCAGCAGCGGAGUGGCCACCGACCCACAGAUCGUCACCACGGACCUGCACCACCAGUGUACCGACAAACACACGGGCACCUCGGCCUCCGCCCCGCUGGCCGCUGGCAUAAUCGCUCUGGCUCUGGAGGCCAACCCGCUCCUGACCUGGAGGGACCUACAGCACCUGGUGGUCCGCGCGUCCAGGCCGGCGCAGCUGCAGGCGGAGGACUGGAGGAUCAACGGCGUGGGGCGCCAAGGUGCGGCGGGGCCAGGGAGGGGACCGGGGUCCCGUGCAUGCAGGGCGAGUGACGGCUACCCCUCCCGCGCAGUGAGCCACCACUACGGCUACGGGCUGCUGGACGCAGGGCUGCUGGUGGACCUGGCUCGCGUGUGGCUGCCCACACAGCCACAGAAGAAAUGCGCCAUUCGGGUGGUGCACACCCCAACCUCCAUCCUGCCUCGGAUGCUGGUGAGGAAGAACGUGUCCGCGUGCUCCGAUGGCUCGCACCGCCUCAUCCGCUCGCUGGAGCACGUGCAGGUCCAGCUGUCACUCUCCUACAGCCGCCGUGGGGACCUGGAGAUCUCUCUCACCAGCCCCAUGGGCACACGCUCCACGCUCGUGGCCAUCAGACCCUUGGAUAUCAGCGGCCAAGGCUACAAGAACUGGAUCUUCAUGUCCACCCACUACUGGGAUGAGGACCCACAGGGCAUGUGGACCCUUGGUCUGGAGAACAAGGGCUACUAUUUUAACACAGGAACUCUGUUCUACUACACGUUGCUGCUGUAUGGGACGGCCGAGGACAUGACAGCGCGGCCUCAGGGCCCCCAGGUGACCAGCCGCACGUGUGUGCAGAGGGACACAGAGGGGCUGCGCCAGGGUGAGUGGCCGCAGCGCAUGGUCACUUGUUGGGGGAGGAGGCGCAGCAGCCCCGGGAUGGGCGGGCGGGCACUGGCUGUACCUCCAGCUGCAGCCUCAUCCCUGUCUCCCUUCUGCCCCGUACAGGAAUUCACGGUUCCUCCACCACCCUGGCCUGGCUCUGCCUCAUCUCUAGCUGAGAGUGAUGGUGGCUCUACAGCCACACAGAACAGCCAGUGACCGAGAUACAGGCCAGCUGUCACCCUCCUCUUCACCUGCUGAGGCAGCUGACCAGCAACUACGCUGCCUGUCCCCUGUUCUUCAUGCUGGAUGAGCUCCAGGGCUCCUCCAAGGCCUGCUACCUCUGGCGGCCAUCCCAGCUACCAGUUCUGGGCCAUGAUGCUGGCCCGGCUGGCCAGGGCCUUCAUGGAGACCCCUCUCGGCUUGAGGAAGGCCCACCUACCCUAGGCUAGACACCCCAACGCCCGAGACCCUGAAGGCUGGGGAACCAGAGAUGCCUGACUCAAAGAACAGAGGGCGGUACCCGAAGGCCCCGCUCCCAGGCUGGAAUAGGACCCUGCCCCAGAAGGCUUUGGCAGAUCAGCAGCAGCCCACUGUGUGGGCCAUAGCUACGCCCAGUGGAAGAGGUGUCUACUUACGCAUUUUGGAGCAGGACAAGGGGUGCAGUGGGCAGAGGUCAAACCACAGCCACUAAACAUCUAUCCCUUCCUGCCCAGAACCGUCCACAAGCCCCAUGUCUGACCUCAUAGUUGGCAAAUAAAAGUUAGAUGUCAAGUUUGUGGUGUCCUUCAGGGUAGGGGGGUGCCCAGGGUCACCCAAAUAAGACAAGGGCCCCUGGAGGACUACAGAGCUAUAAAGGGAGUAAAGAGACUACUCCAGGCCCAGAGACCCCCGGUGGGAGGAGAGAGCCCUGGGCCAAAGUACAGCCCACCGCCCAUCCCAGUGCCGAGAUAAAGCACAGCCACGAGCAGAAGACUAGCUGAGGUACCACAGCCACGAGCAGACUAGCUGAGGUACCACAGCCACGAGCAGAAGACUAGCUCUUUUCUCCCUUUCCUUUCUUUCAUUGAUGUUGGUGCUGGUUUUCAAGACAGAGUAAUUAACUCACUCUCGACCAGGCUGGCCUCGAACUCAGUGACCUGAGUUCUCUGCCUCCUAAGUACUGGGAUUAAAUGCGUGUGCCACCACUCAGGACAAGGAAACAAGGUUCCUGGAAUACGUUACCCUGUGGAUAGGCACCACCCAGUAUUUAUUGAGCGCCCACU